AUGACUCGAUCGGACCUCUCCUUUCCUGUCAAUCGAUUGUGCCAGUUUAUGCAAGCGCCUACUACAACUCAUCUUCAGGCUAUUAAGCGCGUUUUACGGUAUCUCAAAGGUUAUGCUCAUCUUGGCUUGUUACUUCAACCCUCCUCUGAUCAUAACUUGUAUGCCUACACCGACGCCGAUUGGGCCUCGUGCCCCAAUGACCGCCGUAGUACUAGUGCUUACUGCAUUUUUCUUGGUCACAAUCUGAUUUCUUGGUCCUCCUCUAAGCAAACAGUAGUGUCUCGGUCUAGCACCGAGUCGAAUAUCGGGCGCUUGCAAAUGGAGCUACUGAGUUAUCUUGGCUUUCCUCUAUUUUAA